CGCUUAACCGACUGAGCCACGUAGGAGCCCCUCAACAAAACAAUUUUUAAAAGAACUUUUAUGUCCAAUCACUGCUCUUGCUUCACUUAGGUAGAUAAUUAGGUCAUGUUUAAUGCAAACAAAUUAGUUUUUCUAUUAUCUUUGAUAAAGAAAUGGGGGUGAUUGUAGAGAGAAAACUUAUGUUUGCACUUGUGUAGACAUUAGACUGUAGUCCUGUUAAUUGUCUCUGAGGUUUUGUUAUGUACCUCUAAAUCCGAUUUGAUCCUGAAUUCUUCUAGUUUCCUCAAAUAUCUGGCUAGGACUCCCCAAACUGCCAUUUCCAGUUUUCUCCCACCUUGAUUUGGGACCACUGAGAACAAAGACCACCCUUGAAUCUCCUGUAAAGGUCCUGUACCAGGUCGUCCUCACUGAAGUUCAGGGACUUGCACUUUGGAUACGUGUGUCACAGCUGAAGAAGGCCGCGCCUGACAUCUGGUUCUGUACAGACUCUGAAGCCUCUGAACCGACUUGACGAGGAAGAGAAGCGGUGGGCGCGAGAUAUCGAGCAUAUUGGAAAGAGAUGGUGUAGAAUUCUACUGUUGUGUGAUAUCAGACAUGGUUUUUCCAAUGGCACUGAAUCCAAUUUAUGAGAAAGGUUCUAAUGCCUUCCUGUGAUCCUCCUCCAGCCAGACCGGAGUUGAGCCCAGCUUCCACAGAGAAGAGGCCGGUUCUGGCCCCCCCAUGGAGCACGGAGCAUAGCACCCGGAACCUUCCCACUAGCGUCGUCCCCGGGUCCACCCCAUCUGAGCCACCUGUGUCUCCCACCGCUGCUCCCAGGACAGUGAAACAACUGGUGUCCACUGGAGAUAAUCUAAUAACUUUACCAGAAAAUGAAGUUGAACUGAAGGCUUUUGUUGUGCCGGCGCCUCCCGCAGAGACCACGUACAGCUAUGAAUGGAGCUUGCUAAGCCACCCGGUAGACUACCGAGAUGAAAUAAACAAAAGACACAUGCAAAUGCUUAGUCUCUCUCAAAUAACAGGACUUGACACGUUCAAAGUAGUAGUUUCCGGUGAAAAUGCCUUUGGAGAAGGAUACGUCAGUGUCACUGUUCGGCCAGCCAGAAGAGUCAACCUGCCCCCCACGGCAGUGGUUUCUCCCCAGAUGCAAGCGCUCACCCUGCCUUUGACGUCAGCCUUCAUCGACGGCAGCCAUGGUACAGACGACAUGAGAAUAGUGAGUUAUCGCUGGGAAGGAAUUAACGGCCCCUUCCGAGAGGAGACCCCCGCCAAGUCCCCCGUCUGUCUGUCUAACCUUGUUCCUGGAAAGUAUACUUUCAGAUUGACUGUUACAGACUCGGGUGGAGCCACUGACUCCACAACUGCAGUCCUCAUGGUCAGCAGUGCUGUGGACCAUCCGCCGGUUGCUAACGCACGACCAAAUCAGACCAUAACUUUGCCCCAAAACUCCAUCUGUUUGAAUGGAAAUUGGAACAGUGAUGAUCAUCAUAUUGUCCUCUAUGAGUGGUCCCUGGGUCCUGGGACUGAGAGCAAAGAGGUGGCCAUGCAGGGCAUCGAGACACCAUACCUUCAUUUGUCUGAAAUGCAGGAAGGAAACUAUACGCUCCAGCUGAUGGUGAGAGAUUCUUCAAGACAGCAGUCCACUGCUGUGGUCACUGUGACUGUCCAGCCUGAAAUCAACAGGCCCCCAGUGGCCAUGGCCGGCCCGGACAAGGAGCUGGUCUUCCCGGUGGGGAGCACCACUCUGGACGGCAGCAGAAGCAGAGACGACCAGGGCAUCGCCCUUUACCACCGGGAGCCCGUCAGAGGCCAAGCGGCGGUGGAGAUGGGGAAUAGUGACAAGGCUGUCGCCACCGUGAGCGGGCUUCCGGUGGGCAUGCACUGCUUCCGCCUGACGGUGACAGGCCGGCGGGGGCUGAGCAGCGCCAGCAUACUCACUGUGGCCGUGAGGAAGGAAAAUAAUAGCCCUCCCAGAGCCCAGGCUGGUGGCCGGCACGUGCUUGUGUUUCCCAAUAACUGCAUUACUUUGGACGGUUCAAGGAUUGUGUCCCACCUGUGGAUCCGGGACGGCCAGAGCCCAGCUGGGGAUGUCACUGGUGGCUCUGACCGCACCGCAGCCGUGCGGCUUACCGAUCUGGUGGAGGGCGUCUACACAUUCCACUUGCAAGUGGCUGACAGCCAGGGGACCGCGGACACGGACACUGCCACCGGGGAAGUGGGGCCAGACCCCAGGAAGAGUGGCCUGGUGAAGCUGGUCCUGCAGGUGUGCGUGGGGCAGCUGACGGGGCAGCAGAAGGACAUGCUCAUGACGCAGCUGGCAGCGAACGUUCAGGUCCAGAAGAUCCAGGCCCACUCGGGUCUCAGCACCGCGACUGUGUUUUCUGUACAGACCGGGCCGCCGUCCGUGGUUCUCGAAGCUGCCGACGUGGUGCGGGGUCUGCAUAGACAGCUCCCUGAGGAGAAGGAGGAUUUCUUGCUUUUCACAGUCUUGAGGGUUGACACAGCAGACUGCCUUCUGGAGUCCUCCGGCCACGGCCACUGCGACCCCGUCACAAAGCUCUGUGUGUGCUGUCCACUGUGGGUGGAGAACCCGAUGGAACGUUACCUCCAGGACAGGGAGAGCAACUGUGAGUGGAGUAUAGUCUCCAUAACCUCCGUGGUUCUCACCCUUCUGACACUAACAGGGGGCUUGUCCUGGCUUUGUAUCUUCUGCUGCAAGGGACGAGAGAGGACCGAAAUAAGGAAGAACACCAGGUAUGCCACCCUGGAUAACACGGAUGACCAGGACAGAACGGAGCUGAGGCCCAAAUACGGUAAGGCGGGCUCCAGGAGGCUUACCUGGCACCGUGAAAUCAUCGGAUCCAGACGUUUGCCUGAGAGUUACCUUGGGGAAGGGGGGAGCAGCAGACUGGGGCCGGCACUCUACUUGGGAAGGAAGGUCCAGAGGAGAUAG